AUGUUACAGAACGACAUUUCUGGGCGGGCACACUCACUACCCAACUCUUUAACGCGACGGAAUUCAAAGAAAACUUCAAGUACUCACGGCCCUUGUGGUGGGUUACCUAUGCUGCGCACAAGUCGAUCAAUCGAAUAUCACCGCGGUGACGGCAACUUCAAUACGCGUACUGUAACAAGUCCGACGUAUGACUACAACUCGGACAGUGGCUCUGAAUCAGGUAAAAUUGUUACUCACUGGACUCCUAACACUACUAUGUGGGACACACGUAAUACCUUCGCAAUGAGCGCUUUUGAUGCCUUUGAAGAAGUCAUGGAAUGUUAA